CAGGCCCCUCUCCUCUAGAGCCCACUUGCUCUGUGCUCACCUGCCGCCGCCACCAUGACCACAACCAUCCGCCAGUUUACCUCCUCCAGCUCCAUCAAGGGCUCCUCUGGCCUGGGGGGCGGCUCAUCCCGCACCUCCUGCCGGCUGUCUGGUAGUCUGGGUGCCGGCUCUUGCAGGCUGGGCUCUGCUGGCGGCCUGGGCAGUGCCCUUGGGGGCAGCAGCUAUUCCAGCUGCUACAGCUUUGGCUCUGGCAGUGGCUAUGGCAGCAGCUUUGGUGGUGUUGAUGGGCUGCUGGCGGGAGGUGAGAAGGCCACCAUGCAGAACCUCAACGACCGCCUGGCAUCCUACCUGGAUAAGGUGCGUGCCCUGGAGGAGGCCAACACUGAGCUGGAAGUGAAGAUCCGUGACUGGUACCAGAAGCAGGCCCCGGGGCCCGCCCGCGACUACAGUCACUACUACCAGGCCAUCGAGGACCUCAAGAACAAGAUCCUCACGGCCACGGUGGACAACGCCAGCAUCCUGCUGCAGAUCGACAAUGCUCGUUUGGCUGCUGAUGAUUUCCGCACCAAGUUCGAGACAGAGCAGGCCCUGCGCGUGAGCGUGGAGGCCGACAUCAACGGCCUGCGCAGGGUGCUGGAUGAGCUGACCCUGGCCAGAGCCGACCUGGAGAUGCAGAUUGAGAACCUGAAGGAGGAGCUGGCCUACCUCCGGAAGAACCAUGAGGAGGAGAUGAAUUCCCUGCGAGGCCAAACGGGCGGCGAGAUCAACGUGGAGAUGGACGCCGCCCCUGGUGUGGACCUGAGCCGCAUCCUGAACGAGAUGCGCGACCAGUAUGAGAAGAUGGCAGAGAAGAACCGCAAGGAUGCUGAGGACUGGUUCUUCAGCAAGACAGAGGAGCUGAACCGCGAGGUGGCCACCAACAGCGAGCUGGUGCAGAGUGGCAAGAGCGAGAUCUCUGAGCUCCGGCGCUCGGUGCAGGCCUUGGAGAUCGAGCUGCAGUCCCAGCUCAGCAUGAAAGCAUCCCUGGAGGGUAGCCUGGCAGAGACGGAGAGCCGCUACUGCGUGCAGCUGUCCCAGAUCCAGGGACUGAUAGGCAGUGUGGAGGAGCAGCUGGCCCAGCUGCGCUGCGAGAUGGAGCAGCAGAACCAGGAAUACAAGAUCCUGCUGGACGUGAAGACGCGGCUGGAGCAGGAGAUCACCACCUACCGCCGCCUGCUGGAGGGAGAGGACGCCCACCUGACUCAGUACAAGCCCAAAGAACCUGUGACCACCCGUCAGGUGCGCACCAUUGUGGAAGAGGUCCAGGAUGGCAAGGUCAUCUCCUCCCGCGAGCAGGUUCACCACACCACCCGCUAAGGACUCUGCUCCCCUGGCCGGCCCCCAGCGCCCCUCAUUGACCGCGCAGCCUCUGGCCUUCCUAGCCUCGGCUGCCCGCCCCUCCCCCCACCUCGGCUUUCAGUCCCUUUUCUCUGCUGCCUGACCAAUAAAGCUUGUUGACUCAGACGUG